AUGUGGGCCCAGGGCCUACCACUUCUGUACCAUGUGGCCUUCCUUGGUCGCCUACUGAAGCAGAAAUCAGAGGAGGAGGAAGAAGAUGAAGAAGAGGGGGAAGAGGAGGAGGAAGAAGAGGAGGUAUCUCUGGAUCCACUGAAGCCAUGUUCUCCUUCCAAAGAUACUCCUAUUGGAGAGCAAGCCACUUCAGCCCCACCACAGCCAUCCUGUGGGUCCAAGGCCACAGAAACAUCACAGCAAAUACUCACAGAGCCCCCAAGGCCUUCCAGACCCUUUCCCAUCUUCCAGAUCCUGACUAACCUACCUUUGAGACAUAAGAUAGCAUCAGGGAGCCACCUGCAGCAGAGAAGAAGCCAGCUCUUCUGGGGCCUCCCCUCUCUGCACAGCGAGUCCUUGGAAGCCAUCUUCCUGAGCUCAGGUGGCCCCUCUCCCAUGAAGUUAUGUGUUUGUCCUUCUGUCUUCUUCAACAAGCUUGCCUUCCUGCCUAGGUCCAAUCUGCUGCUUUCCCAGUAUUGCUCCACAACCCAGUUUCCUACCCAUAGAGCCCAUACCAUGGAAGACCUGGAACGGAUGGCCCCCAAUCCUAAGCUAUUUCCACCUCCAUCUUCCCCUCCUGUCCCAUCACCACCCCUCCAUCUGGACCACAAGGGAGUCCUAUCUGACAAUGAGCCACACACACAGUCCCAUGGAACUAGACCCCUGGGAGUUCCACCAGGAUAUGAGACUCAGUGGAGAACUACAAAACAUAAAGAGGGCCCCCAACCAUCUGAGCCCCCAAUGCCAGCCCCCUGCCCACCCCCAGCUUCUCUGUUAGAACCCAAAAAAGUCAGACCCGAAAAACUUUCUGUACCUAAAGACUUUUGGGGAGCCAUGGGAUACAGAGAGAACCCUCAGGCCUCUGAGUCUCCAAUGCCAACCCCCUGUUCUCCCCUAGACUCCCUGCCAAAACUCCAGGGAAAGAGUCCCCUAGAAGAUCCACCUGGAUAUGAACCCCAGUGGGGAUGCAGGGAAAACUCAGCCUUGGAUCUCAACCCAAGGCUCUACGGUACCAGCCCUGCAUGUGUCCCAUCAGGAUCUGAAACUCCACGGAAUACCAUGCAAGGUAGAGAAAAUCUUUGGGUGCCUGCAGACACAGUUUCAUCUCCGAGCCUUCCCUCAGCUUGUCUACUGGAGUCUCUAGCAACGUGCCCCCAGAGAGUCCUGACUGAGUCCAAAGCUUUGUGGGAGACCAUGAGGCAGAGAGAGGACCUCCAGGUGUCUGACUCCCCAGACCCUGCCCACAGAGCACCUCUAGCCCCCCUUAUAGAGCCACACAGAAUCAAUCCUGUGGAAGGCCUCACUACAUCAAAAGCUACAUGGAAGGACAUUGAGCAUUCCAGGAAUUCCUGGGCUUCUGAGCCCCCAUCUCUGGCCCUCAGCCCAUCCCCAGCUCUUGUAUUGGAGCCCCUCAGAAUUAGUCCCAUGGGGGUCCUGUUUGAUUCUGAGGCUAAAUGUGGGGGCAUAAAAAGGAAAAAAAACUCCUCUGAGCUCCCAGCUUGCAGUUUACCCCAAGACCUGCAUAGAGCCAGUCCCCUGGGAGUACUGUCUGACCCUGAACCUGCUGGGGCAGAUAUGGAGCAGAAAGAGAACUGUUGUUUUCCUUUGUCCCUGGUUUGGGGCCCCAGCCCACCCCCAAACUCUGUUUUGAAGUCCCACAUAAGUGAGCAUACCGGAGACCAAUGCAACUGCAAACCUGAGGAAGAAGCAGAGCAGAGAGAGAAGUGCUGGGCCACUGAGCUCCCAGCCCCCAGCUCACUCCCUGCUCCUCUACCACAGCCACACAUUGACCUUGAAUUUGUGCAGAGAAAGGCACAAAGAGAGGUCCCCCAGGGCCCCAGCCCUUCAGCAGUGGAUCCCCUAAAGCCAGUAUCCUGGCCUCCCACCCUAGCUGAAGCUUUGAAUAUUGAGCCCACACAGCCUGGUCUACCCAAAGAAGAGAUGUUCCCAGGGGCUGAGGCAGAGGUUCCACAUUCCCAGGGAAAGGGUUUCCCAGAGGUACUCACCCACCCUGGGAUCCACGCCUGGCACUGGAGUAGAGAACUGGAACUCAGGCUGAAGAAACUGCAGCGGAGGCCUGCUUCUAGAUCCCCUUGCCAAAGUCAACCAUUUUGCAGCUCCUCUACCCUGAGCUCUACAACUCCAGACUCCUGGAGAUUCUCUUCCUGCCACCAAAAGCUGACAAAUCCCCCUAACUUGUGCCCCCACUCUUCAAGCUGUCAUCUGCAAAAACUUCCAAACACAGUAACUCAGCCUGUCCAGGCUCUCCAAUGUUAUCACCCCCACUCCUCUUCUCAGCCUCAGCCACAAGGGUCUCACAAGGCAGAACACGGGUCUCGGAAGGAGACAAGAAAGGGGAAGAUGGUGGCCCAGGUCCCAUCCCAGGGUCCAUAUGUUCACAUGGAGGCUGGGAAGAACUGUCCAGACCUGGGAGAGCCUUCAAACCCUGAGGUUUUGGCCUCAGGCAAAAGACAGGACAAGGCUUCAGCCAAAAAGAAAGAGAGCCCCAGAAAACCCAAAGCAGGAGACCAUGGAGGAGAAAAUACAAAAUCGAGGUCAUCCACAGUCACAGUGAAGAGCCACCCUGCCCAGGCCCAAAAACUAGCAGAGGACCCUGUAAGCAGACUUUCCCAAAAGUCUCACCACAGGGGACAGUGUUCUCAACACACUAUUCUUCCCCGGCAGCUUCUCCCCAAGGCUUCAGAUCCAAAGGAUCAGCAACAGGCAAAACUAGGAGCUGGUGACAUCCUGAAUGCUCACCACUGUACACACUGUCCUCGAGCCUACAUGGAAAAGUACCUUUCUUCUCUCACACCCCAGGCUCCACUCACCGCAGGUCUCCAAAGGGUGUUAGCCAACUUUCUGUGUACCCGUGGACUCCUGCCCACUAAAUUUAGUCAGUAG